GCGAGUUAAUGUUUAAUAGAAAUAUAAAAACGAGGCUGGUUGCUAUUUACACUAAAUGUCAUGUGUAUGGGGAGUAUUCACAUAUCGGUUAAUUGUACACAAAUGUCUAAAUAGAAUAUUGGUCGAUGAGAAAUAUUACUACUAUGCGUAGCUAGUGGAGCAAAAUUCAGCAAACAGAAGGAUUACGAGUAGCAGUGAAGGGAUUGUAUAAUAUUGCCGGCGUUCAUGUAUAUGUUAUUGUUAUCAGUAUCAAUUUCAUUGUGUAGCAACGUGUAAACAACUGAUAGAGGAUUAUACAUUGAUUUUGAGUACGACAUGUCGGCAGACAAAGACGGCCAGGAUACUGAUCCUGAGACAAAAUCACAGACCCCAGGUUCUGCCAAAAGUAGGCAAAGUGACCAAGGAGAGGCGGAAGGAACCAGUUCAAGACCCAACAGCUCGGAUAAGAGAGACGACACGUCUUCGCAGAAAGGAUCACGGACUAAUAGCGCAUCUAGUAAAGGCAGAUCAUCCCCCACUGGAAGUGUGCAAAACGAGACUAAAUCAGAUCAUGGUGACGAAGAUAAUGUAACUGUUAAAGAUGACAAUGAGAAAAACGAUAAUGAGGCAGCUGAAAGUGAAGACGUUCAUAAUGAACAAACAAUGUCAAACGAGGAGGAUAAUGAAAAAGCGAUUGAAAAGACUGAAGAAGAGAUGUCUGAAAUUACAGAGACCCCUCCGGAAGAGUUUGAUAGCCAGAAAUUCAUCAAAAGUAUGCAAGAGUACAUGGACUUGUUUCGAGAUCCAAAAUGGAAAGGUGAAAACAUAGACGAAUACCCUCUAAUGGAUUUGAAACGUCUAAUUGCCAAGUUCACCGCGACUGUGGAUGACUAUAAACGUUAUACAAAUCAUUGUAUGACACACGUGGAUGAAAUGAAGGAACAGCUCACGGAUCUAAAGGAUACAAUCCAUGAGAAUAUAAAAAAGGAAGGAGGAAACUCUAAAUCGGAUGGUAAUCCCAAUGCUGAGGAGAAAGAGCUCAAAGCAAAGGUGACUCAACUACAGGCUGAGAUGGCCAAAGCAGCUGAAGUCGUAAGCCGGUCUGUUCAAAUUGCAACAGAGACAGAGUCGUCUGCUGCUGAGGCUCAACUCGAGGCUGAAAAAGCGCGGGAAGAAGCUGUCCGAAUGCAAGAAGAAUUUGAAGCCAGGGAACGAGAAAAAGAAUCGAAGAAAAGGGAAGAACAACAGAAAAAGAAAGACGAAGAAGAGAGGAAAAGAGCAGAAGAGGAAAGACAAAAAGAAGAAAAAGAAAAGAAAGAAAAGGAAGAAAGGCUGAAGCGCCAGAAAUCCCAAAUGGAGAAAAAAGCCCCUGAAUGGGAAAAGUGGGACCCAAGCACAUUCAAUGUUGAAGAAGGGGAAUUUGACCAAGGUAUAGGAUGCUUGAUUCGGGGUCGGCCUGGAGAAUUCAACCCGGAUGACUUGGAAGUAAAGGUGGUAAAGCAACUUGAUGCAACGUUCACGUAUAAUGAAAAUGAAGAACUGAUUGGAAACAUCGUCAGUAUUAAACCUAAGGAUGAAGAUGCUAAACUAAAGAGCUCAAUCUAUGUGUCCUUGCCUCACUGCAUAUCGCGUCAGAGUGCAUUGUGGAGAGAACCAGUUGUCAAGGCUGAGAUUGACGGCAAGUGGAUAGAAGUGCCUUCACAGGAAGUCACCAUGGAUGAGUAUAAGGAUCUGAAGUUCGUACAAGGUGAAGUGACACAAUACACAAAUGUUGCAGUCAUAUCAAGGUUUAAAAAAGAAGCACUGCUCCUACCAAAGAAAGGUGGUAAAUCCCUAUCAAGUAUAGAUGCCAGAAUAUGUGUCACUACCCCUAAAAAUACAUUUAAGUAUGUAGAACAAGUGACAAUACAGAUUCAGCCUGUAGAUUCGGCCUCCCAGAAAGAACUAACGCAGAAGAAAUUAGAAUGCAAAGAUAUGCUGACUUCUAGCUCUAUAUUAAGGACAACAUGGAGCAACGAGAAGGACUGGAAGAAUCCAUUAUACUUAAGUCUGCCAGUCCCUCCUAACCCAGUGCGAGCCAGGAAGGCAGCUGCUGCUAAAGCUGCCAAGGAGGCCAAGAUGCAGAUGGGAGAGAAGAAAGCCGCUAUGAUGGAUUCGGAGAGCGAUGAAUCAAAGAGGAGGAAAGUUCAAGCGAGUGGAAAUCAAAACAAAUGGUACAUGGGUGAAUAUGGCAGCAACGACGAUGACGAGACAGACUCUCUUUAUUUACUGGAAAAACAGGAUAACGGGAAGUGGAUACAGCCAGCUGGUGCCGACGUCACAGCUCUUAAAUUAGACAUGGUGCACAUUACCAUUGCUAAACCACUGAAAAGGUUCUUAGUAUUAAGGACGAGAACAAAUGUUGAUGUCAAAGAUGCAAUAAAGAUGGCGGAAGUUAUCGAAGACUACCUUUCUAAACGAAUAGUGACGGUUGUCAUUAAGCAAAGUUCUGACGAUUGGUGCGACGUAAGACUUAAUGUUGUGCCCAUACAGAAGGUGGAUCGCCUCUUAAAAACCCUUGAAUCAGAUGGAUACACAGAGGGUCCGGCCCCAAGUGCUUAUAUCUCGAUAAAGGAGGGUGAUAUAUUGGAAUUUGGUUUCAGAAUGAACAUUAAAAAUCAGAAUGAAAAUAAUGGACCUUUAAGAGUUGUUUAUAACUCGCAGUUAAAGACAUCAUUAGACUUCACUGUAAGAGAACAGGACAAAUUCUUACAGAAGAGCUAUACUGUAUACAGGGGGUUCAUACAGGCGUUCCAUUACUAUACAAUUACAGAGGAGUAUAAACCUGAUAAGAAGAAACAAAAAGAACUAGAUAAGAAAAAGGCUGACCGAAAGAAGGAGGAGGUGAAGAGAAAACUUGAAGAGAAACGAAAGAAGGAAGAAGACGAUAAUAAACAGGAAGGUGAUGCAAAUGAGAAUAAGGAAAACUCUAAUGAGGAUAAGGAAAAUGAAGAAAAUAAGGCGGCUGAACAUGAACCAGAGGAAGAGGAGGACGAGGAGCCAAAAGAGAUCAUUGUUGAAAAGAAGGAUCUACUUACUGAGUGUGUCAUUAGCAUUCCAAAGGAAGAGGAACAUAUUUCGCCGAGACAGAAGGUACCUAUUAUCAUCAAACGCAACCGUGACCCAAUAGACGCAGACUUUCUGCAGCAUAUAGCUGAAGAACUUGGCGAUGAAUGGCAAAGGCUUAGUAACUUAUUAAAUGUGAGAAAGAAUCGCAUCCAGGCUAUCAUGGUUGUCAGUAGAGACAAUCACCAGAAGCGAGACGAGGCAGCCAAGUAUGAUAUGUUGAUGACGUGGCUCAAAAAGGUUCCUAGGGGAAUGAACAAGGUUGCUAAACUAGCAGAUGCUUUGAAGGCUGUUGGUAGGAGAGAUCUUUACGAGGAGGUAUAUGACGCACAACGUGAUUUUAUAACCAAACAAAAGGAAAGCGCAUAA